AACGUGCAUCUGAUUAUGAAUACUAAAGUUCAGCUGAUCGAUACCGACACGUAUAUAAGAGACGGUAACGAGCCUUUGCCAGUACACUGUGUAAAAAGUAUUUUGCGCGCGAUCACCGUCGAACUCGAACACCGAAAAAUGUAUCUGUCGGCGACGGUGUUGGCCAUGAUCUUGGUCUCUUGCCACGCGUUCGCGCCCGGCGACCUCGAGUCAUUGGCGGCGGACGAGGCGGAGCCUUAUGCUCUCACCGUCGAUCUCAAGAAAUUCCUUGAGUCGAUGAAGGAAACGCUGAAGAAAGGCGAUACGAGGCUCAACAUCCCCGUCCUGGAUCCCCUGAAACAGGACCACCUGGACGUGAAUCUAAAAGAGAAGAUAGUCGAAUUGGAAGCCACGCUAGACAAUCUGCGAGUGCACCACUUGUCUGAUUACACUGUGAACAAAGGUGAACUGAAAAUGAUCGGAUUCAAAGUGAGCGUCGAUCUGAUGUGGAACGAAAUCGACCUCAUGACACUGUACAAAGUCACCCACGGAAAACUCAUCGACGCAUUGUCAUUUUACGGAGAGGGAUCUAUUGCGGCUGUGAUUAAGAACCUGCAAAUAUCGGUUGACAUUGGUUUGUCCGCGAACAAAGAGGGCUUCUUGUUCGUGAGGGAGCUGGAUUUAGGCGUUCGCUUGGGAGGAUUCGACUUUAGCAUUAGCGGAUUGUACAACGACGACGAAGUGUCAAAGAUACUGAGCCAGAUCAUCAGCGAACUGGUACCGGAGAUUGUCCAAGACUACUCAGAAAAGGUGUCAGAUUAUGGAGGCGAACUUGUGACUCGUCUGUUGAACCAAGUUCUGAGCAAGAUAACGAUAGAUCAGUUGCUGGAGAUGAUUCGUGGGAAGUGACCGUGGCAUUAAUCAUUGUAUAUGUGGUUACCAAUAAUAAAUGCGAACGCUUCUAAAGUCGAGGAGAAAAAGCAUUUUCG